AUGACGGGUUCUUCGUUCUUGUCUUCCAGACUAGGCGGUUGCAUAAUCGGUGCCACCGUAGGGGCGGGCGCAGCGUAUGUCUGGGUGAGUUACACAGCAUCCGGAAGGAAGUUUUUGGAGCGGUUCGACGAUCCGAACAAGGUCCUCCUCGGGGCCGCUCUUCUCGGGGGUGUGGCUGCUUAUCUGCUGAUUCCAUCAUCGAAUGAUAAUGGGUUGGCUUUCUCCGACUCGAAGCUCGUGGAUGCUCCACUCGUCGGACAGGAGGCCGCGCAUGCGGACUCUGGGGAGGGAGAAGGAGGAGGCGAAGAGGCACCAGCGUCAUCUAGGCCUGCCUCGGGGCCCUACGAAGAUCAGGAGGUAACCAGCGCGAGGAUGGGCAAAGACAAGCGCAUCAAGGUGUCGGUCGAGAACCCAGAAGGAGAGACGGUCGUGGAGUCCGAAGUGCUCCCGUCGCCGGAUCCGAGCAAGGCCGAAAAGUACAAGAAGAAGGACGUAGAGCACUCGGAGGACGAGGAGUCGGAGGGAGAGGGUGAGGAGCUUGACACCGAAGAUGACAGCGAUGACGAUGACGAUUUGGUCGCAGACGUCCUGGCAGACGCUCUGAUUUCCCAAGACGGUCACUCCGUUAGAGACUCGCUCCAGAUCGUGGCGGGGUCGUUAGACAGACUGGUCGAGAUCCUUUCGAGUUCCGUGGAGAAACAAGCAAAGCUGCAAAAGAUUCAAUGCAAACUAUUGCAAUCCAUCUCUGAAACGUUGGGAUCGGGAGCCACCAGCCCAAAGGAUGAUAAGGAGGAUCUGUGCGGUUCCACCAACGCCGUACACAUCUCAUGA